AUGAACAAGGCUUUACACUGGAUUUGGAGAUAUGGCUCAGAGAAAUUUUCUCUAUGGAGAAGAAUUAUAAACCAAAAAUUUGGAGGUGCGGAAGAUGCUUUUCUGCCUGCUUUGACAAGAAACUCUAUCUGUCAUAGUGUGUGGAAAGGAAUCUUGAAAGCUAGAGAGUUUGUAAAAGCUGGUACUGUGUUGAAUAUUGGUUCUGGUGCGUGUAUGUACUUCUGGGAUGAUGUGUGGAUUGGAGAAUUCCCUCUGAAGCAGCUCUUUCCUUCUCUCUUUGUUAUUGCAAGACAGAAACAUGCAUUGAUAAGUGAAUUGAUAUCAUCUGAAGGUGCUUGGAUUUUAAAUUUCUCUAGGAAUUUAAAUGAUCAAGAGAUGUUGGAGGUGGCAAACUUAUUACAGAUUAUUGGUGACCCUUCCCGGCUUGUGAAUGAGGAUUCAAGACAAUGA